GGCCGGGCCGCACGUUGCAGCGCCAUGGCGGCUGGAGGCAGGAGAAAACUGGCAGAGCUAAGUGUUGAUGAAUUUUUAACUUCUGGAUUUGAGUCAGAAGAUGAUGGUGACUUAGACGAGGAGACGACAGAGCUUGUGGAAGAGCCUGCUAACGGGAAACAAAGCCAGAAUGGGCAGGCAGGAGGAAAGAAGAAGAAACCGCUCAAAGUUAAAGCUGCAGAAAAGAAAGUGAAGAAAGGAAAGGCAACCGAGCACAAAGACCAACUCUCACGGCUGAAGGAACGAGAUCCUGAAUUUUACAAGUUCUUGCAAGAAAAUGACCAUUCCCUGCUGAACUUUGAUGACUCAGAUGGCUCUGAUGAGGAGGAGAGGGGUCUGCACACAUUGCCAGAAACGCUGGAGGAAGCAAGUGACGAUGAUGAUGAGGAGGAGGAGGAAACGGUCAAGCGGAAGAAAGCUGAUUUUAUCACCGUGACCUUGAAGAUGGUGGAACAAUGGAAACAGGCUGCAGAGAAGCAACUGACACCCAGACUCUUCCAUGAGAUCACUCAGGCCUUUAAAGCAUCUGUGGCAACUACCAAAGGAGAAGACGGUGUGGCCGAUCCCAGCAAAUUCAAAGUCACUGACAGUGCCGUGUUCAAUGCCCUGGUGUCCUUCUGCAUUCGGGAUCUCUUUGGCUGCCUGCAGAAACUGCUUCAGGUGAAGGUGCCGAAAGACAAAUCAAAGAUGGUGCUGCCCUCUACCAGCCCUCUCUGGGGCAAGCUGAGGCUGGACAUCAGGAGGUACCUGAGCUGCACCAUCCAGCUCCUGUCUUGCUUAACGGAAGCGUCUGUCGGAGCUGCUAUGCUUCACCACAUCAAUGCCAUAGUACCUUAUUUCUUGUUGUUCCCAAAGCAGUGUCGCAUUCUGCUCAAGCAAGCCAUCCGUCUGUGGAGCACAGGCGAAGAAACGGUGAGAGUGCUGGCCUUCCUGGUACUGAACAAGAUCUGCCGCCAUAAAAAGGAGCUGUACCUGAACCCCGUGCUCAAGCAAAUGUACAUCUCCUACGUGAAGAACUCCAGGUUCACCUCCCCCAACGUCCUCCCUUUGAUCAACUUCAUGCAGCGCAGCUUGACAGAGAUGUACGCCCUGGACACUCAGGUGUCUUACCAGCAUGCCUUCAUCUACAUUCGCCAGCUCGCCAUUCACCUGCGCGCUGCCAUGACCCUGAAGAAGAAGGAGAACUACCAGUCUGUUUACAACUGGCAGUACAUCCACUGCCUGUACUUCUGGUGUCGGGUCCUGAGCACCAUCUACCCCAGCGAGAUCAUGGAGCCGUUAAUUUACCCUCUGACCCAGGUCAUCAUUGGCUGCAUUAAGUUGGUGCCCACGGCUCGUUUCUACCCCCUGAGGAUGCACUGCAUCAGGGCCCUCACACUGCUCUCUGAGAACACCCGGACCUUCAUCCCGGUUCUUCCCUUCAUCCUGGAGAUUUUCCAGCAAGUGGAUUUCAAUAAGAAGCCAGGCCGCAUGAGUGCCAAGCCCAUUAACUUUGCGGUCGUCUUGAAGCUGUCCAAUGCUCACCUGCAGGAGAAGGCUUUCCGGGAUGGCCUCAUUGAGCAGCUGUAUGACCUGACACUCGAAUAUCUCCACGGCCAAGCCCACAGCAUUGGAUUCCCAGAGCUGACCCUGCCAAUUAUCAUUCAACUCAAAUCUUUCCUGAAGGAAUGCAAGAUCGCCAACUACUGCAAAGCGAUCCGGCAGCUCCUGGAGAAGUUGCAGGAAAAUUCUGCCUACGUCGCCAGUAGGCGUCAGAAAGCCACCUUUGGCGUGGCCAGGAGGGAGGCUGUGGAACAAUGGGAGAAGCAGGUCAAGGAAGAGGGGACGCCGCUGACCAAGUAUUAUGCUCAGUGGAAGAAGCUGCGGGAGAAAGAGAUCCAGCUGGAAAUCAGCGGCAAGGAAAGGCUCGACGACUUGAACCUCCCAGAAAUCAAACGGAAGCGGCUGGAGGACAGGAAGGAGGAUGACAAGAAAGAAUUCAAGGACCUCUUUGAGCUGGACAGUGACUCCGAUGGGGAGAGCGGUGGGUUCUCCGUGCAAGGAAAAUCAAAGGCCAAGAAAGCGCAGGGAUCUGUGGGGAGCCCGGCCAGUGCUUCGGACGUGAGCAGCGAGGAUGACGAGGAAGAGGAAGCCAGUGACUCGGACGGGGUAGGUGAGGAGGGGCCCUCCACCUCGGAGGGGACCCUGAAGCAGCCGGCCCAUGCCAGGCGCCUGUCCUCUGCCGACCUCAAGCUGCUGGCCCAAGGGGAGGAGGACAUCGUGGAGGACCUUGAUGACGAUUACUUCGACGACCUAGCCGGUGACUGAAGACUCCGCAAAUGAUCUGGGCUCGCUUGCUCUGCGCCUAGGAGGGCGAGCUGGUGCCCUCACCGACAAUCAAAGCUGGUCGUGAUGGGAACUGCCUGAGGGGAAGCCCCGGAGGAGGUAGGAGCAGCAUGGGAUGGGCAGCCCUAGCAGGAAAUAAUUUCUCACUGAUGCAGCGGAGAUGCUGCCUGGACCUUUUCCACCGGAGUCACAUGAGUGGUAAUACAGUGAAAUGUGUGGUCACAUCAGGAUCAGUGACACUGCUCUGUAAAGGUAAUAAUAAAAAGCCCUCAUUAAACUCCAGUGCCUUAAAUAAUGCAGGAUUCAGUGCCAGCCUGCUGCAGCCCAAGAAACCAGUCCCUGGAGGGACAGACUCCUCUGCCCAUGGGCCGGGCACGCUGCCAAGCUGGUCACAGGGUGCUUGCCAUGUGUGUCUUUGUAGUUUCCUGGUCCCUGGAAACUUUCCCACUGCCAUUAAAAGCAGUUCAGAGCCGUGUCCACACACACGAGCUGUGGGAGUGAAUAGGGAUGGUCACGCCGACUUGGCAGAUGAAGGGUGUGCACCGGUUGCCGGGUCAGUUUGCCUGGGGGGGACGUGGCCACUAAGGGAAGGCUGCUUCCCCCAGAGCUCCCUUGCUUGUCUGCAUCCGGCAGUGCUGCUGUGUAGGCACCAUUGAAAAUGGUGGCACCAGUAGCGCGGCUCGUGUGCUGCUCGCCUGGGUGACGAGAGGGUUUUUCAUAUUGUCCCUCCAGCACAAGGUCUCAGUUAGCAAACUGGGCUGGCUCUCACAUCAACCACCUUGCUGUUAACCAAGCUCCAGUUCCAGGCUCUCCGGUGCAUCCUUCAGCUACUCCCAUGGUUAAUAACCUCGGGGGAUUCCUUCCAUGGGGCUGAGGCUCAGUGGGGGGCAGGAGGAGAUGCCAGCUUGAAUCCCAGACCCCAGGUUGUUUGCAUGGCUGGCAAGCAGGCAGAUUUGAUAGGAAAAUGUGUUGCGAUGCUAAGUGUGACGCCAGGACGUGGCAUUUGGACCACGUCACAUCUCUGAGGUUUGAAGGAGUGGGGCUAUUUUUAUAAACAUUUCCAAUAGUACCUGAGCAGAAGAGGAUUCCACAAUGGCAGGGGCAGGGCACCAGCUGCUUCCAUGGCAUUCAGGGGUGUUUGUGGGUGCACAGGGUUGAUGAAAACGAGGCCCCUGCUGCUCUGUUCACCCUCAGGAGUGCUUGUCAUGCAGCAGCCACCUAGUGUGAGUGGCCCAGCGAUGGUACGUUCCUAUUGUACAUCUCUGAGGCGCUCCAUGCAAACUCUUCCACAGCAAGGCUGUGACGCGCCUCAGGCAGGGCUAGAAACCAGCCCUUGUGGGUCCCUGUGCCCCAGCCAUUGCAUGGUGCUGCUGAUUGUGAGCAUCACAAUGAAGUCAGGUUGAGAAGUGGAAGGAACCGAUUCUAAGGUUGCUUCCCUGGGGCAGGGUUUAGGUUGGGAGCAGCUGAUGAGAUUGUGGUGAAAAACUGGUGGGAGAAAUCGACGUCAUUUUCCCCUCCACCUUCUUGCAAGCCCAGAAUAAAGGCCAGCAGGUUGGGGGCUUUUCACAUGCUUGUUUUUCCAGCUGCAGAAAAGUUAAAAUGAAAAAAUGUGGGGAAAGUGGGGCCAGCCUCCCCUCGGCAGGUGCCAUGGGAUUGUACCCCUGCUAUUGGUUGUGCUCCCUCCUCUGUGCCAAAGUCUGUCUUGCAGUAGCUGUGGCUGGUGAAGCAAAAUGUGCCCUAGCUCCUGCCCCUGCCCGUGGGAACAUGGCCCUAGAGAGAUCUGGUAUAGCAGCUGGGCACUGAGCAGACAUUCAAAGGGGGAAAGCAAGGACCUUGUGUGAUUUUUUUUUAUUUAAACUGAUUGCUGGAAAGCAUUUAUUGUGACGGGAUGAAUAAUGACAAUUGUUUUUUACAAGAUAAAGAAGCUAAUGUACCACCAAGCUAUUUUUAUAAGAAAAACGGUAGCACGUGCAACGUUUAAACAAAGAGAGAGAGA